AGAGCGAAGCUGCAGACCUCAAUUCCCUUAGAAGAAAGCAAUCAAGCACCAACACCACCCCAACCAGAUGAAAACCUUCAACCAAAUCCUCCAGAUGAAAGAUCUCAUGAAGAACAACUUGAUGAAGCACUCCUCAACCCGGAUCUGCCAACUGUGUUCUAUCUGGAAUACACGGCACAUGAGAAAUCUCGCAAGAUGCACUCAACUCCAGAUGCAAUAGACAAUGCAGAUGAGAAAAGUCACUCACAUCUAGGGAUAGAUGAGGAGUUUCUGAAUUUGCUGGAUGAAGAAUCCUUGAUGGCUGUUUCUGAAGUCCCAUUCCACACAUCGGCCAGCACAGUCAAUCCCCCACAGAAUCAAAAGGCAAAAUCCAAAGCAUCAGUCUCCAAUCUAGUUCGCAAUCUAGUUCGUUGGUCCAAAUGCAAACUAGCAUCUGAGAUCCACACACCUGAAGCAUCUCCACCACCCUCCAAAAAGGUCAAGAGCAAUGUUCAGAAGUCAACCUCCAACUCCAAGACACCCCAGACAAGAACAAAGAAACAGCAGAAUGUUCUCCCAGGAAAGUCCUCUGACAUUAUUUUCCUCACCUCUACUGCAAAAUCAUUUAUGAAUCUGAUUGAGGAAAAACACAUCAUUUCCCAACGGAAUAUUGAUGUUGAUGAUUUUACUUUGAAAACCAAUCUCAUGCCUCUGCUGAAAGCAAGAAAAUUGCUGAAAUCUGGAUUUGUCAAAGUUGCUGCUGACAAGGAGGAGCCACCAGAGCCACUACUGCAGAUCGACUACAAGCAUUUUGAAGGAAACCAUUUCAAUGACAUGGAGUCCACUCAAAGCUCUUCUCAGCAAGGAGUGUCAGCUGUGAUCCAAUAUCUGGAUGCCAAGCUACAAGCAAACAGAGAAGAGAUGAGAGUGACACUGGCCAAACAGUCAGCACUUGAGGAGGAGCACAAGCAUCUCACCUGGCUUAGAGAAGUUGUGUUUGACAGUGCUGCAACAGAGGGAGUCAGGGGGAGAGGUCUCAGUGGGAGGAAGAGGAUGAUGAAAUGUCAGCAUAAGUGGUUUUUUUCUUUAUAAACUAUUUGCAUCUCAAAAUUUGACAUUGUUUUGGUUGGUUGUUCUGCCCUGUUUCUGGUUUCAAACAUUAUGCUUUACUGUUUUUUCUAUGACUGCUAGCCAAGUUUCCCUUGGAUAUUUGAACUUGGUUUGACAUUUCUCUAUAUUUGCCUGCACUUGGAUAUCUACAGCCUCAUCUUUCUACAUUCUAUGGUCUAUUGCAAAUAUUCCU